CUGCUGCAUUCCUGUCAGCAUAAAUAACCUGUCAGGAUACAAGUGUUUCUAUCGUUGCAAAGAACAGUUGUCAAAGUGUCUGGUCUUGGAGUUGCAGCUACUGUGGUAGUCAGACACGACGCAUUAAACGCAUCCCUGUUUGGGCCUGGCAUCAGCCUUGGGUGUGUCUCGCAGCUGCCACAAAUAUCUCCGCCCAACACGCCCAACUGUCAUCAACGACAACAUUUGAUUAAACCACACGACCCACCCCGUUACUACUACCACGAUCCUCCCAUAAGGGCUACUCUACCGCUUCUCUUCAGUCGGAACACCUUUCCUCCGCUGUAUACUGCUAGCCACGAAUAUUCCUCGAGCGCAAUUACUCCAUAGUCUACCUCAACCGAACCAUCGCAACAUCUGUCCUCAUCCGACUCCUUGCAGACCACACUCCCACAAAGUCCAAAGCGACGCCGACACGAUGACACUUGCUGAAGAAUUCAGGUCGCGUAACUUCAGUAUCUACGGGCAAUGGCUCGGAGUACUGUGCAUCAUCCUAGGCUUUGCCUUGGGUAUUGCCAACAUAUUCCAUUUCAACCUUCUCAUCAUAUUCAGCAUCAUUCUCCUGUGCUCGGCUUUGAUCCUCAUAUUCAUUGAAAUCCCUCUUCUCCUCCGAAUCUGCCCUACCUCCUCGAAGUUCGAUGCCUUCAUCCGCCGAUUCACCACGAACUACAUGAGAGCAGCAAUCUACGGAGUCAUGUCAUUAGUUCAAUGGCUCAGCAUCAUAGUGGGUGCAAGCAGCUUGAUCGCUGCAGCCGUUGUUCUGGCUCUGGCGGGAGCCUGUUACGCUCUGGCUGGAUUGAAGCAGCAAGAUUUCGUCGGGAGCAAGACACUUGGUGGACAAGGAGUUGCGCAAAUGAUUGUCUAGGCGUCUUGCGUCAUAUACAUGUUCCUACCACCUUUGAGUUCGAACUUGAUUCGAUCAAAAGUUCCCUAAGGAUGUACCUUUAGCGACUCGGCGCAGGCUCUGGGACACAAGGCAGCAAUUCAUUCGGUACAGCUACAUAUGGGUCCGUGGAUCCAGGUCAGGCGCUUUUGCUACGUCUAUGCGAAGUAAGCCAGGCAGGCAGGUGGCUGGAUAUCAUGCUUGGUAUGGACUAUAACGACAGGGAGAGAGCAACACCUGAUUUAAUUGAUCAUGAAUGAGAGAAAGAGAGUCUUACUGACUCAGCAGAUGCUGUCGAACCUGUAAUCCAUACUCCUCGCUGAAUGUCCAAAGUCCAUCAUAUGCAGCGUGUGCGUAAAGGCGGACGCUCUACUCCAUACCGCAACACGGAAAGGUGACCCCCGAAGCUGGAUACGAAAGCCAACAUACUGCUCUCACGAGAAGAAUCCGUCUUUGCUGACGGAUUAGCCAGGAUGGACGUGUAAGCUCUAUCUUUGUCCCUCGCUUUGGUUGUUGGAUCGACUUGUACCAAGCCAUACGGCAGUAACCCAGAUUAUUGAUCCUACUUGCGAAGGAUGAAAUGUGUCCAGUAUUGGCAGGCCAGCCAGGUACGGGUAGCAGUAAGUCCGCAGUUCACAUCCCAUCGAUUCGAAUCGACGCCACAACCCAAUUGCCCAGCCUGGUCUUGAAGUCUAUGUAGAUCGGCU